AUGUCUGGAAACGCAGUAGAAACGGAUACUUUAGAUUCACAAGUUGUGAAAUUUCCUCCCAACGGGCAGAAUGUAGAAACCAACCAACCGGAUGCUGAACAAGAAACUGAUAUUUCCAGCGAAAAUCCUCCAGAGGAAGAAGAAAGACGUCAACAUGAAGCUGCUCUGCGUUCUAUCCUGGAACAACAAUGUAUUAUCCAAUUCAGAAAAUAUGCCCAAGAACAGUACCCGAAGGACAUUGCUAAGCAAGAUGAAUCAGUCCGUAAUAUGCAAGACCAGUACUUUGCUUAUUACAUGGAGGAUGUUCAGCGUUCUCAAAUGAUAAACCAACAGAAUCAAAUCGAUCAACUGAUUGAGUUACGUGAAGCUUCCCGUUUAAAUUCGAAUGGUGCAAAUGAAGAUGACGACCUUGGUGAACCAAUCCCGCUUCCUUUGGUUCCGGCCAGUAUGUGGACGAGGAAGGAUAUUGCGGACUUUAAGAAGGACAUUCUUGCUAAUCAUCGUGAAUGCUGCAUUAAAAUAUCUUCACUGGCCUCAGCUACAUUGCGAGUCCCAACCCACGCAGAGGGCACAAGCAUCGUCUGGGAAUUCGCUACGGACUCCUACGACCUCGGCUUUGGUCUCUACUUUGAAUGGAACCUCACUCCUCAGGAGAACAUCACAAUGACAAUCUCUGAAUCGAGUGACGAGGAAGACGAGGGAGAAGAUGAAGACGAAGGAGAGGCUUCGGGAGAAAAUCCUUUCUCCUCUGCUCCCCCUACCCCUAGACCUUCUGGUCCUCCAGGUUAG